UGUUUGUGUCGUCCGUCAUCAUGUACAGCACCUUAAGAGGCAUCGAUGUUCCUAAUAAACUCCACUGGAUCCCAGGAGAACCGGGUUAUUUAGCACAUAUGUUCAGUACAGUGUCUGAGUGGUGUUUGGCCUUCUCCUUCAUCAGCUUCUUCCUCACCUACAUCAGAGA